UCCCCAGCUCCUGGGGCCACGGAAGAAGCCCGAUGUAGGGGAGGCCAUGGGUCCCGAGCCCAGGACUGUCAGCAAGAGGUACCUGAGCUCCCUGAAGAACAAGCUGUCCAGUGGAGCCUGGAGAAAAGCUUGCCAGCCUGGGUCCUGCCCCGGGUCAGGGCUGCAGGAGCCUGAGGAGAAGAGGAUCGUCCGGGAGCUGCUGGAGACGGAGCAGGCCUACGUGGCACGCCUCCACCUGCUAGACCAGGUGUUCUUCCAGGAGCUGCUGAGGGCGGCCCGCAGCAGCAAGGCCUUCCCCGAGGACGUGGUCAGGGUCAUCUUCUCCAACAUCUCCUCCAUCUACCAGUUCCACGCCCAGUUUUUCCUCCCAGAGCUGCAGCAGCGCCUGGACGACUGGACAGCCACCCCCCGCAUUGGUGAUGUCAUCCAGAAGCUGGCCCCGUUCUUGAAGAUGUACAGCGAAUAUGUCAAGAAUUUUGAGCGAGCCGCAGAACUGCUGGCCACCUGGACUGACAAGUGUCCGGCCUUCCAGGAGGUGAUCGCACGCAUCCAGAGCAGCGAGGCCUCGGGCAGUCUGACCCUGCAGCACCACAUGCUGGAACCCGUGCAGAGGAUCCCACGCUAUGAGCUGCUGCUCAAGGAAUACGUCCAGAAGCUGCCGGCCCAGGCCCCAGACCAGGCCGACGCGCAGAAAGCCCUGGCCAUGAUCUUCUCAGCUGCCCAGCACUCCAACGCGGCCAUCACUGAGAUGGAGCGACUGCAGGAACUGUGGGAGGUGUACCAGCGCCUGGGCCUGGAGGACGACAUCGUGGACCCCUCCAACACCCUGCUCCGUGAGGGCCCAGUCCUCAAGAUCUCCUUCCGCCGCAGUGACCCCAUGGAGCGCUACCUUUUCUUGUUCAACAACAUGCUGCUCUACUGCGUGCCCAGGGUCAUCCAGGUGGGCGCUCACUUCCAGGUGAGGACCCGCAUUGACGUGGCCGGGAUGAAGGUGCGGAAGCUGCCUGACGCCGAGUUCUCCCACUCCUUCCUGGUGUCUGGGAAGCAGCGCACCUUGGAGCUUCAGGCGCGGUCCCAGGAGGAAAUGCUUUCCUGGGUGCAGGCCUGCCAAGCCGCUAUUGACCAAAUCGAGAAGCGCAAUGAAACCUUCAAGGCUGCGUGCCAGGGGCCCGAGGGAGGCGCCCAGGAGCAGGAGCUGCAGUCCGAGGAGCUGGGCCUCCGGGCGCCACAGUGGGUCCGAGACAAGAUGGUGACCAUGUGCAUGCGCUGCCAGGGCCCCUUCAACGCCCUGACACGCCGCCGCCACCAUUGCCGGGCCUGCGGCUACGUGGUGUGUGCCAGGUGCUCCGACUACCGGGCCGAGCUCAAGUACGACGACAACCGGCCCAACAGAGUCUGCUUCGACUGCUACACGUUCCUGACUGGAAACGUGCUCCCCGAGGACAAAGAGGACAGGAGGCGGGGCAUCCUGGAGAAAGGGGCCUCUGCGGGGCCGGACCAGAGCCUGGUGUGCAGCUUCCUGCAGCUCGUCGGGGACAGGUGGGGCAAGAGCGGCCCCCGGGGAUGGUGUGUGAUCCCUCAUGAUGACCCACUCGUGCUCUAUGUCUAUGCCGCCCCUCAGGACGUGCGGGCUCACACCUCCAUCCCCCUGCUGGGCUACCAGGUGACCACUGGACCUCAGGGGGAUCCCCGGGUCUUCCAGCUGCAACAGUCCGGCCAGCUCUACACUUUCAAGGCCGAGACGGAGGAGCUGAGGGGCCGCUGGGUGAAGGCCAUGGAGCGAGCAGCCAGCGGCUGGACCCCCAGCAGGCCUGAUGACGGGGACCUGUCUGACUGAGCCAUGCCCAGCUGUCCCUGCCUCUCUGUUUCCAGUCAGAGUCCAGCUCUCACUGCAGGUUUACCCUGCGGCCUCAGGGACCCACUACCCCGAGCUGCUCUUUCAUGUCAUCGAUUCCAGUCAUCGGUGCCCAGAUCAUGUGACCUGAUUUGGGAUUCAGAAAAUAGAGGCAUGUUCCAUUCUGGGAAAGGAAUCGGCUUGCCCAAGAUGGAGGGGGCUCCUGGCCAUGGGUCUUUCAGUGCUAAGCCUGGGAAAGUCCCAGGUAGCUCAGGACUGUUGGUCACUCUCGUGUGGUUCUCAGCCAGGCCUGCUCACGUGUGUCUUCUAACAAGCUUUAAAAAAUGCUGGUGAAAACAUACACAUAAGUUAAUUU